AUGGCCGGCGACCAUGAGCAAUACGCCAACCCCCUGCUCCUUGACUGGGUCAAGGAGUGGCUUGACACGGCGAGGGAGCGGAACAUGAAGAGCGCCUCAACCUACCGAAACGCCUACGAAUCUCUCAAAGCAUGCCCCAUCACCUUCAAGCACCCGCGUCAGCUCACUCAGCUGAAGGGCUUUGGAGACAAGCUCUCCUCUCGGCUUACGGAUAAGCUGAAGGAGCACUGCGAAGCCAACGGCUUGCCUAUGCCUAAGAACCCACGCUUGUCCAAGGAAGACCGCGAAUCCCUUGGUGGAAAUGCUGACGAUGACGAACCCCCACCCCCGAAGAAGGCGCGUAAAGCGAGGCCCUAUGUUCCGACAUAUCGAUCUGGUCCUUACGCUCUCCUGCUGUCCCUCUCGACCUUGGACGAAGAUGCGCAACUGGGAAUGACCAAGGCCAACCUCAUUGAGCUAGCCCAGGAACACUGCGACUCAUCAUUCAGUGCGCCCAGUGACCCUACCAAGUUCUAUACGGCCUGGAACUCGAUGAAGACCCUCAUAGAGAAGGAUCUCGUCUGCGAGAAAGGCCGCCCACAGAGGCGUUAUUCGCUCACGGAUGAGGGAUGGGAGGUUGCCAGGCGCAUCAAAAAGACGACAGAGCCAAGUGACAGGACUGAUGAAGUCGUGGCAGGUCCCAGCACAGGUCUCAGCGCCCGUGCUGAGUCUGGGACGAGACCGGAUCCGGUCACAACAGCACUGGGUAGGGGCGCCUCAUUGUCGGUCGAGCCAGCUGAACAAGUAAAGUCCAAGUCAGUAUAUGAAGAUAUCGUCGCAAAUGGCCCAGUGGUCUCGGAUGGUGCCUCGUUGCCGACAUUUACUCCGAUCCGACUCGCGCCAGGAUCAUUCACGGUCCAUCUCGCAUUGGAUAUUCGAGAAGUCCGAGCAGUGAAAGACCGCGAUUACAUGCAAGACGAACUCACCAAAAAGGGUGUCAAGCCCCUUAUGCGGGCGCUGGAAAUCGGCGACGCGCAGUGGAUUGCCAAAUGCCACGACCCUACCGCCCUGUCCCGUCACGGUGCAGAAGGAGACGAGGUCGUCUUGGACUGGAUUGUGGAGCGCAAACGACUUGACGAUCUGGUCAGCAGUAUCAAGGAUGGUCGCUUCCACGAGCAAAAGUUCCGACUCCGGAAAUCCGGGGUCAAGCAUGUGGUGUACAUCGUCGAGGAGAUUGCCAUGGACUCGGGAUACUACUCCAAGAUCGAGGAGAUGAUCCAGUCGGCCACCGCUUCCACUCAGGUAGUUAAUGGCUACUUUCUAAAGAAGACGCAGAAAAUGGACGACACGAUUCGGUACCUCGCGCGCAUGACGUUUAUGCUCAAGAAGAUGUACGAGAGCAAAACUCUCCUAGUGAUCCCGACUCCGGCGUUGACGGCGCAGAACUACCUGCCGCUGCUGGAGCACCUGCGAGAAAAGGAACCCUCGACGGGCUACUACAUCACCUACCCGGCGUUUGCAUCGUUGGCGUCCAAGUCGGACAUGAUGACUUUACGAGAUAUUUAUCUGAAGAUGCUGAUGACAACGAGGGGCAUUACGGGAGAGAAGGCAUUGGAAAUCCAGAAGCGGUGGAAGACGCCGCACGAUUUCAUCAAGGCUUUUCAGGAGUGCGGCUCGGGCGAGCAGGGCCUCAAGAGGAAACGGGAGAUGGUUAUCAAUGGGUUGCCCAACCUCGUGGGCCGCAAGAAAAUUGCCAAGGCUGUCAGUCAGCGACUGGCCGAGGUCUGGGGCGAUGCUUGA